AUGUCCGAACUGCGAUAUGACGGCCAGACCGUCGUGGUCACUGGCGCUGGUGGUGGAUUGGGUAAGGCAUACUGUUUGUUCUUUGGCUCGAGAGGCGCCAACGUUGUCGUCAACGAUCUCGGUGGUUCUCACAAAGGCGAGGGCAACUCGACAAGGGCCGCCGAUGUCGUCGUCGAGGAAAUCCGCAAGGCUGGCGGAAAAGCUGUCGCAAACUACGACAGCGUGGAGAACGGAGAGGCAAUUAUCGACACAGCCAUCAAGAACUUUGGCCGCAUCGAUAUUCUCAUCAACAAUGCCGGUAUCCUGCGCGACAUCUCAUUCAAGAACAUGCAAGACAAGGAUUGGGAUUUGAUCAACGCGGUUCACAUUUACGGUGCAUACAAGUGCGCUCGUGCAGCAUGGCCUCACUUUAGGAAACAAAAGUACGGUCGAGUGAUUAACACCUCUUCGGCUGCUGGUCUGUUUGGUAACUUUGGCCAGACCAACUACUCCGCUGCCAAAAUGAGUCAAGUCGGUUUCACCGAAACCCUCGCCAAGGAGGGUGCCAAAUAUAACAUUAUCGCCAACGUCAUUGCACCUAUAGCUGCUAGCCGAAUGACCGCCACCAUUCUGCCCCCCGAGAUCCUUGAGCACUUCAAACCUGAAUGGGUCGUUCCUCUUGUCGCAGUUCUAACACACUCCUCCAACACUACUGAAUCCGGAGGCAUCUUUGAAGUCGGCGGUGGUAGCAUUGCCAAGUACCGAUGGGAACGUGCCAAAGGAGCUCUGUUGAAGACCGACUCUACCCUGACUCCCCAAGCCAUCCUGGCCAAGUGGAGCGAUGUGAACGAUUUCUCCAAACCCAGCUACCCCUCUGGUCCUGCAGACUUCAUGACCUUGUUGGAAGAAGCCCAGAAACUUCCUGCCAACCCAUCUGCUCCUGAUCUCAACUUCAACGGGCGCGUGGCUUUGGUAACUGGUGGCGGUGCUGGUCUCGGACGAGCAUACUGUCUUCUCUUCGCCAAGCUUGGCGCUUCAGUCGUUGUCAACGACUUGGCUGACCCAGAGCCUGUUGUUCAAGAGAUCAUCAAGGCAGGCGGCAAGGCUGUCGGUAACAAGGCCUCUGCAGAAGAUGGCGAUGCAGUGGUCAAGGCUGCUAUUGAUGCCUUUGGCCGUAUUGACAUUGUCGUUAACAAUGCUGGUAUUCUCCGGGACAAGGCCUUCACCAACAUGGAUGACAACCUCUGGAAUCCAGUCAUGAACGUGCACCUCCGCGGUACAUACAAGGUUACCAAGGCAGCCUGGCCUUACUUCUUGAAGCAAAAGUAUGGCCGUGUCAUCAACACUACCAGCACCAGUGGUAUCUAUGGCAACUUCGGACAAGCCAACUACUCUGCCGCUAAAUCUGGAAUUCUCGGAUUCUCUCGUGCGCUGGCUGUUGAGGGGGCCAAAUACAAUAUCAAGGUCAACACCAUUGCCCCCAACGCUGGUACCAACAUGACCCGAACAAUCUUGCCAGAGGAGAUGGUCCAGGCUUUCAAGCCUGAUUACGUUGCUCCUCUUGUCGUUUUGCUUGCUUCUGAUGCCCUCGAGCCUGGCACCAAGGGCCUUUUCGAGGUCGGCAGUGGUUGGUACGCUGAAACCCGCUGGCAAAGAAGCGGCGGCCAUUCCUUCCCAGUCGAUGUGGCCUUGACUCCCGAGGCUCUUCUUGCUCAAUGGAAGAAGAUUGUCGACUUUGACGAUGGUCGUGCUGACCACCCUGUGGACGCGUCAGCUGGUUCUGAACGUGCCAUGGCCAAUAUUAACAACAAAGCUGGUGGUUCAGCCAAGGCCGCUCCUAGCGCCGACGAAGGCAUCUUAGCCAACAUUGAAAAGGCCAAGAAGAUGACUACUGAGGGCACACCAUUCAACUGGACUGACCGUGAUAUCAUCUUGUACAACAUUAGUCUGGGUGCUAAGCGCACAGAUCUGCCGUUGGUUUAUGAGAACAACGAGAACUUCCAGGCUCUUCCAACAUUUGGUGUUAUCCCAUGGUUUGACACAGUGACUCCUUAUAACCUGGACGAUAUUGUUAAGAACUUCUCCCCGAUGAUGUUGCUUCACGGCGAGCAGUAUCUCGAGAUUCGCAAGUUCCCCAUCCCCACGGAGGCUAAGACAGUUACCGUGCCUAAAUUGAUUGAUGUCGUUGACAAGGGCAACGCCGCCAUUGUUGUAUCUGGUUUCACUACCAAGGAUGCACGAACUGGCGAAGAUUUGUUCUACAAUGAGUCCACCAUUUUCAUCCGAGGCAGCGGUGGUUUCGGUGGAUCUCCCAAGCCUACUGCUGCUCGAUCAAAGGGAGCCGUCGCAGCUUACAAGCCUCCUAAGCGCCCUGCCGAUGUCGUAGUUGAAGAGAAGACAUCCGAAGACCAGGCCGCUUUGUAUCGAUUGAACGGUGACCGUAACCCCCUCCACCUCGACCCCGAAUUCAGCAAGGUUGGCGGAUUCAAGACCCCUAUUCUUCACGGUCUCUGCUUCCUUGGUAUCUCUGGUAAACACGUAUACCAGAAAUUCGGUGCUUUCAAGAACCUCAAGGUCCGCUUUGCUGGCGUUGUGCUUCCAGGACAGACCCUUAAGACAGAGAUGUGGAAAGAAGGCAAUAUGGUUCUUUUCCAGACUACUGUUGUCGAGACUGGCAAGUUUGCUAUUACUGGUGCAGGUGCGGAGUUGUUGUCGGAUGGAAAGGCGAAGUUGUAA